GCGGUCCUCACUUUUUGGGGUUUGGGGUGGGGUUAGUGUGGGCCUGGUCACCAGAAGUCGGGGCCGCAGCGCUGGCCCUUCCGCCCUGUGAGGGCCAAUUUGUGUUCUCUCCAAAAAAUUAAUGCAGAAAAUUUAAUUUAACCGACUUUCCCCAGCAGACCCAGGCCGACCUGCCUAGUUCGCCACAGGACAGCGACACCGGACGCCUCCUCCAGCCCAGGUUUCUCAAGGGAGGGAGACAAUGACCAAGAGGAGGAAGCUGCGGACCUCAGGAGGAGAAGGAAUCCAUACUCCGAGACCCCCAAAGAACCCGAGGCUAGGAGACUCUGCCGGGGCCCCCCGGAGUUCCCAGGUGGGCCACGUGCCUCACCCUGAAGAGUUGGAAGGCAGCCCUGGACAGGCUCCCUCUGCAGAGCAGAGCCGGGAGGAACCAGAACAGUCGGCCUCCAGCUCCCCUGAAGAGGAGGCCGGAGCUCCCUCCAGGCUCCUGGGGCAACCCGACGAGGAGCCAGCUCCCUUUCCCCCUUCCCAGAACUCAGUUGGGAGGUUCGUCCCUCAGUUUGCAAAGCCCAGGAGGACAGUUAGGAGACAAGCCGCCAUGAGGGAAGAGGACCUUGGCAGCGGGGCCUGUGGCUCGGAAACACUGCCAGAGCCCAGUGCCCAGGAGGCAGACAGCCAGCCGCGGGAGGAGGCCCCGGGGCUUUCGAGCCGUGCGGCCGGGGAGCUGGGAGACCAGACCCAGGCAGACAGCGCCUGCCCUGAGCACAGCAGCCAAAGUGCCGUGGAGCCUGUGCCCCGCAGUGGGGAUCCUCAGCCCUCAGCUUCCACCGAUGCCUGUGCAGAAUGGGGGACAGUGGUCUCGGCCUCAGAGAGGGCCAGCCAGGGCCACCUGUGGGAGCAAAGCGCCAGCGCACCAGAUGGUGGAAGCACGGAGCCGAGUGGGGUUCUGGGCGAGCACGGCCAGAAAGGGCACCUGCCGAGCACUGAUGCUGAAGAGAAGGAGCCAGACCCAGGCGCCCCCCAGGAGGGAGGUGCCCCAGGGGGAGCAGGGGCUGACUUGCCUGAGGGGCACCAGGAAGAAGGAGGUGGCGUCCUCGGCCCGGCCCCUCGGGGCCUCCUUGACCCUGUGCAGACCCCCAGUGGGGCUGGUGGGGAAACAGAGCAGAGCUGCGGCAGCCCAGGGCCCUCCUCCCUCGGGACCGUUGUCGUCACAGCCAUGAGCACAGACCCCGCUGAGCCAGAGCAGAGGGCUCCAGAGGUGGCCAAGCCGGGUGGGGCACCUGCCUCUCCAGGCAGGAAGGCCCCCAAAGGAGGCCACGGUGGGGCCCUGCUCAGAGGCACACCUGUCACCCAGGAGACCACGCGAGGCAGAGGGGAGGCAGGGCAUGAAGAUGAGCCCCCUGGUGACAUCCCGGGGGUCCCUGCUGCCAGCCUGCCUCUGGCUCAGGGGACCCAAGCGCCCACAGUAGGUGCUGGAGAGUCCAGUCCCCUAGUCCAAGAAGCGGGCCCAGGUGUCCAUCAGACCCUGGGGCCGGGCCCGGAUGGAGAGGGGCUGGGAGGUGUGUGUGCACCGCCGGUGCUGUGGCAGCCCGAGUCAGGCAGACGGAGCCGCAAACAAGACCUGGGGGCGUCCACACCACCAGCGCACAGAGGAGCCGUGGGUGGCCUGACUCAGGAGAUGGGGGUCAUUCAGGGCAGCCCAGACGGCCCCAGAGACCCCACAGGCCAGCCUGAGGACCCUCCUGACUCUGCAGACCAGUUCUGGGGAGGGUCCCUGGCCGUGGACCUCGACUUCCUGCCCGACAGCCAGAUGCGGGCCGCCCUGGAAGGCCCUGACUUUGAAGCCCCACCUGCACAGUUGUUUCCUGUGGGGAGUGGGCUGGCCCCUUGCUGGCCGGGCCCAGGCCCACGUGCUGACGGGGGACCCCUCACUGGGGCGCAGCUGAGGGCCCUCUGCGGGGUCAAGGCCUGUGAAGCUGCCAGGAUGGAGGAUGCAACGGACACGGUGCACGGCCUUAUCCUCGAGCUCUCCAACCUGAACCGGCUGGUCAUGAGCACCCACCGGGACUUGGAAGCCAUCAGGCGCCUGCCCUCGCGGAGGGCGAGGCCGGCCAGGAAAGGCCCAGCGCCGUGCACGGCCAAGGCGGUGGGCGGCCUCCACCGUGGGGAGCAGUCCUGGAGGGAUGUGUAGGCCGCGGUGUGCGUGUGCGGACCCCUCGCCACCGCACGGCCGGCCCCAGAGGGCCUGUGGGUCUUGCCAAACAGCUGGAAGCCGCCUCUCCCCAGACCCCUGGAGGCCCACACGCCUGCGCCCUCUGGCGUUUGCUGCCCUCCAGGAUGCCCCAGGGGCCCAGGAACUGGCCUUCCACCAACCCGGAAGCCGGGGUCCCUGGGGAGACACAGGCGGCAGCUGAAGGCAGGGAGCUGCUCCUCCCGCCCGGCCCAAGGUGGCAGCAGGCAGCCGGGGCCCCAGGAAGUCACCUGGUUAUCUGGGUUUGCAAAUUUCACUCCUUGGCGGAGGUCACGAGAGGUUCAGAAUUUGUUUUGUCCCUGAGGAGAAGAGGGCUCCCUUUGUUGGCUGUGCCUCCUCUUUGCCCCAUUUCCAUUUUAUGUCUUCUUUCCCGAGGCCCGUUAAUAAACGCCACCCUGCUGUCUGGG